UCGUUCGCCCAGCACGUUCUUCCUGCAACAGGGGGCCUUGGGAAACUAAAGGGCGCUGGAGUGAGCCUCCGGGGCAAGCAGGCCCACGGACGAAGCUGCCUGAGUCCCUGCUCCCCGAAAUGGCGCAGACGCAGGACGAGGCUCGGGCAGGGGCGCCCCUGAGGGCGGGAGGCCACCCGGACGGGGAGGUCAGGCUCAUUCUGUACCACUGGACGCACUCCUUCAGCUCUCAAAAGGUGCGCUUGGUAAUUGCUGAAAAGGCAUUGAAGUGCGAGGAACAUGAUGUAAGUCUGCCCCUGAGUGAGCACAAUGAGCCUUGGUUUAUGCGUUUGAACUCAACUGGAGAAGUGCCUGUCCUUAUCCACGGGGAAAACAUAAUUUGUGAGGCCACCCAGAUCAUUGAUUAUCUUGAGCAGACUUUCCUGGAUGAAAGAACACCCAGGCUAAUGCCUGAUAAAGGAAGCAUGUAUUACCCUCGGGUGCAGCACUACCGAGAGCUUCUUGACUCCUUGCCGAUGGAUGCUUACACACAUGGCUGCAUUUUACAUCCUGAGCUCACGGUGGAUUCCAUGAUCCCAGCUUAUGCAACCACAAGGAUUCGCAGCCAGAUUGGUAACACAGAAUCUGAACUGAAGAAACUUGCUGAAGAAAACCCUGACUUACAAGAGGCAUACAUUGCCAAACAGAAGCGACUUAAGUCAAAGCUGCUUGAUCAUGACAAUGUCAAAUACUUGAAGAAAAUUCUUGAUGAGUUGGAGAAGGUCUUGGAUCAGGUGGAGACUGAGUUACAAAGAAGAAAUGAAGAAACUCCAGAGGGCCACCAGCCUUGGCUCUGUGGAGAAUCCUUUACCCUGGCAGACGUCUCUCUGGCUGUCACAUUGCAUCGACUGAAGUUCCUGGGGUUUGCGAGGAGAAACUGGGGAAAUGGCAAGAGACCAAACUUGGAGACCUAUUAUGAGCGUGUCCUGAAGAGAAAAACAUUUAACAAGGUUUUAGGACAUGUCAACAAUAUAUUAAUCUCUGCGGUGCUGCCAACAGCAUUCCGGGUGGCCAAGAAGAGGGCCCCCAAAGUUCUUGGCAGCACUCUUGUGGUUGGUUUGCUUGUAGGAAUGGGAUAUUUUGCAUUUAUGCUUUUCAGAAGGAGACUUGGCAGCAUGUUAUUAGCGCUCAGACCCAGACCAAAUUAUUUCUAGUUUUGUUGGGUUCUGUGGUAGCAACUCAUCCAACCAUUCCAUCAGACCCUCGCCCUCUUUUCCAGACCCAGUGGAGACUUACCCUGGGCAACUAGUAGAAAGCAUAUUUUACAAUAUUUUUUGGGGAGUUCAUGUGGGGAAAGGAGCUAAUGAUAUGAGUUUUUUUUUUUUUUUUUUUUUUUUUUUUUUUUUUUGUAGCCAACAUGACUUACUUCUGAUCUAUCCCUAAAGCAAGGAAGUGAAUGGUCAGGAUAUGCAACCACUGACAGGUGGGAAAGAGGUCUUUGAUGUUCUCAGUUUUUGUGCGGUAAUUAUGAGCAGACAACAAUAGCCAGUGACUGUUCAUAGCAGUUCACCUGAGAAUGAAGGUGCUCAGGGUGUUGAGCAGUUACAGGAGCCUCCUCUGGGAUUCAGAAGUCAUCUUUGUCACACUAGACAGGGUUCAGACACCAGCAGGACAUAGUAUGGCCUCAUCCUCCACUGAUGGCUUCAGGAGUAAAGGAGAAAAUGAGGGAGGAGAGCAAGGAAACGAGAGAAUGAAGUACAUCUAGGAUAGAGCAGUGGCCUGCAUUGUUGCUCAGGGUUGCCCCUCUCCUUUUAAACUUCACAUAUAACUGUGUGGUCAUGCCCACUCCUUCACUGAGAAGUCUUAGAAGGAGAGGGUGGGGAGUUAUUGGGAACAAUAUACUGGGGAGACUCCUAUACACGACAUACAAAACACCUUAAUUAUGAGCCACAAACUUGUUAGUUUAAUAAGAUUAAUUAUGCCCUUGACUGUGGGAUGCCUGUUAAACUGUAUGUCUAGCACUUAUAUGAAUGUCUGAAGGUAAAGUUGUCCUCAUGGCUCCCAUGACCGUGUGAGAUACUGUCCUGUGGACCACUGUGUUCGGUCCUGGGAGCCUUGUCCUCUACAGCCCUCUUUAUGCAUAUAAGUAAUAUGCACAUGAAUGUCUCAGAUAAAUAUCUUGGCUUAUGUUUGGUAGUGGGUAAUUUGAGAGUCAAACAUGCUCAUGUUUAUUUGAGGAGACUGGGAUAUGCACAAACUGUUGGCCAGGUUUUCCUUUUGUUGUUGAUUAUCAACAGAGCCUUAAAUUGAAGAAAAAGGAGAAAGGCUAGCAUCAGCUAUUGAUAGUUAAUUUGGGAGAGAUAAAAUCUAUAGCUAGCGAUGCCUACCCAUACUCAUCCAUGUAUGUUCAAGUAUUUGGGGGGGUUAUCUCAGUCCAGAUGGAAGAGACAGUUUUAGUAUGACCUAAGAACAGCUAUGGAACUACAAUGCAUGAUUUGUGCUCAGGAAAAACCUCCUAUUGAAAUGAGAAGGCAGUUUGCCUGGAUCUGGCUGUCAAGGCCAUAGAAGCAGCUUCAGGAGUCUGAUGGGAGGCUUGUCCAGAGCAGUGAACUCAGAUUCCAGUGAGUAGUGAAAGCCUGCUUGGAUGGACUCAGGUAUGCACAUGGCCAAAGAAUGUCCUGACUUUUUGUUAAUAGGAAAAUGUCAUGGCUAGAAAACAAUGACUUUCUGAUGGUCAAAGCAAUUCUGUAAUUCCAUUUUGAUUCUAUAAUUCCAUUUCAUAAGCUAGAUGUACUAAAAAACCCAUAUGAACUGGAUGUGCUCUGUUCGUUAAAAACAAACAAACCGAACAAAUAAUACUCCAGUGUGAACACCUCAUUUGACCUUAAUUAUGAGCCAUACUUGUUGAUUUAAUAAGAUUAAGUAAUUAUCAGAUCAACGAUAAUGAAAAUGCUUGCAGUUUUUAUACCAUUUUAAUUUGCCCAUCAAUGUGUCAUACAGAAUGAAUCUGCUUCUUGCUAGGACACUGCUGUCAUUGUGUUUAUAAAAGAACUACAAAAUUAAUUGACUAUUAAUUCAGAAUUUCUUACAGUGCUCUGCUGUAAAUAAAAAACGAGGCACACAAAAGUAACAAUGGGAAUAUUGUAAAAAAUCUACAAAGGGUAUUUACCUGUAAAAGGAUUGUUAAAGACUGACUUUUCUUUCAGUAUAUGUUAUGACUGAAUCAUGAAAUCACUGGAAAAUUAUAAUUUUAUUAUUCAGUUUAUUUGGAGGUAGAUGUGUGUCAGUGUUAAUGGCAGAGUAUUCUAGCCUUUUCAAUGUUUUAUAGGUAUUCUUGACAUUGCUUUAAAACAUUCAAAGUGAUAACACCAUGACCACUAGGUGUCGCUGCUCACUCAGUAGUCUAAGAUUGUGUUCCAUUAGGCUCAGCAUGUCUGAAAGGUUUUAAGUGAAGAUAAACAUUAAUGACCUUAGUUUCUGAAGUGAGGGCAUCUUCAUCAAGAUUAUUCAUCUGUGAAAAGGCUUGAGGCAAAUGUAGUAUUGAUUUCUUAUGCUUUGUGAGUGAUGACAGCACUGUAUGAUGUCAAACUAAGGAGGUGCACAGCCACUGUUAGCCAAAGGGACACUUUAAUUCAUCUUCUCUUUCAGGAUCAUGGGUAACUAGCCAAUGUGCUUGUCAGUAAAAAAAAAAAAAAAUGGUAUAAAUGUCACAGUUAAAAUGCACAAGGCACUAAAAAAGCUAUGUUGUCUAUUUCUCUCUUAAUACACAUGCUUACUAUUUUAUUAUUAUUGCCACUAUAUGCCUUUUCAUUCUCAACACUUGUGAACUGCUUGCUCAAGUUUCAGUAAUUAUUGCUGUUGAUAUCAAAGUUGUAGGCGGUGUUGUUGACUGUCAUGGGAAAAUCAAAAUAUUAUUCUGCCUGUAAGAUCAAUAAAAAUAAUUUGAAAAUAAA